UAAGAUAGAGGGAAGGAAUUCCUUGAGACACCUAUAAAGACAUUCACACCGUUGGCAUUUAUUCCUGCCAUGCAUCCCAAGGCGGCUCGUUGGGCCGCCUUGGCUGUCUUUCUCUUGCUUGCUGCGUUUGUUUACCUUUACCUUCACGUAUCACCGGCGCUUCCGUUGCUCUCGUCCUCUUCUACGACGCUUUCUUGGUCUUAUUCGGAUAAACCCAGAGCGUUUCGUGGGCCGUUCGCCGCUCAUAGAAUCGCAAUCGUGCUGCCUUUCAUCGCGGCUGGACCGGAACUGAUACCGCCAUACCUGGAACUUUUUUGUAUGGGAGCCGCCGGUUCCAUGGACACCGUUGAUUUUCUUCUUAUUCACAACGGUGUCUUAACGAACUGGGCUCGCAAAGCCGACUGCCCUUCCAACGUUAUUUGGAUCGAUUUGCAGUCGACGGAGAGCUUUGCGCGAUUGCUGAUCAAGACUAUGGAUGAGAUAGACGAUGCAGACCUGGCCUUUUCGAGAGACAAUAUGAUCCUUCUACUCGCCAAGCACUUGGAACAAUUUCCAUACGCACUCGUCGAAUUCAAACCCGCAUUGGGAUACAUUUUUCAAGAGUAUUUAGAAUCGUAUUCACACUGGGGUUAUUCCGAUCUCGACAUGCUGUUCGGGGACCUUUCCAGAUGGAUUACACCUGAUGAACUGACCGAAUUUGAUGUAGUCACAUACGGUUUUGGCGAUCAACACCGCUUGUACGCACGGGGUCAAUUCACUUUUCAUCGCAACACACCAAGAGUAAACACACUCUGGCGAAAAUGUGAGUAUCUUUCCCGUAUGGACCAACGUUUUGCAAAAAUUUUAUCGGAAAAGAAAAAGUUCAAGUUUGAAUCGGCCGAAGGCUGCUACUCUGUGGCGCUUUUGCAACACUACGAUAUUCGUGUCAAGUACGCAGUCAAGGCUUGGACAGAUACUCAGGCCAAAGAUACCGUCUAUACUCAUGGUGUCUAUCUUGCUCGGAGCGCAUCCUCGUUUCGCCAUGUUAUUUACAAGGCCCAGUCAGCAGCACAAGGUAAAGUAUUGGGGGAACUAGGCGCGGGCUGGUUUGAAAGCCACGACUACGUCUAUGCUGAUCGGCAGCGACCACUGCAGCGCUCUACGGGAGAGAGAGAAUCAUUAGAUUUGCCCAAUAUGAAAGAUGUCAAUUGUAUGUACUGGGUUAGAGGAACUUACCAGUCAGAGCUUUGUUUGCAAGAAUCGGCGGUGUCAAGUUCAGAUACAGUGUACUGGAUAAAUGGCCAGUUAUUCAAACAGCCUUACGAAACGGAACACCUGGAAUCUAAAGUAUCAACUGCACCUUUCUUUCAUUUUCAAGAAUGGAAACGCUACUACCGCGUGGGGCAGUUGGCAACGCAACACUUAUCGUCAGAAGUGUCCACCUUUAUCUUGACCAAAGAAGGCUCGAUUCCUCUCUACACCCAAAUAAUGGCUCAAUCGUCCCAUCGUCUGGCGUCCCCCCUUGGCCUGAGACCUUUGGAUUGGAAAGCAGAUAUCAAAAGCGACCGUAGUCAGCUACCUCGCAGCGAGUACUGUCUCGCUUCAGUGCCGAAAAAAUAUCCAUCCAGGGCCGUGUGCGACUUGACGGUGUCCUGGUGGGACGAAGCGCGCGUUAAAAUUUUAUCCAGUGCGCCGGGCUGGAAAUCCGUUCGUAUAGAAAAUGAUGUCACUUUGACCAUGACGCUACAAGUCACGGCAGCACAAGCGAAAGCAAUACAUGCGUUGGCAGAUAUUUUGGAAGCGGUGGUGGAAAACUUGGAGCGAUGGCAAGGUCAACCGAUUGUUCUUGUAAUUCACGUGGCAGGUAUAACAGAGAAUUCCCUGUCUUUGAUACGCGAGCGCUUCGGUCCCAACUCAGAAAUGUCCUUCGGUUUGGACAAUGCACUCGUCGCCGUUAUACUACAGCAGGAGGAAGAUCACAUCAGUCGAAAGACUUUGCUUAACAUGGCAAUUGAUGCUGCUCCAACACGCUGGUAUAUUAGUGGAUUGGAAUUGGAAAGGGGGCUUACCCUGUCACCCGAUGCGAUCACUUUUGCACACCAAGCUGCGCAAGCUUAUAGUCGCUUUCGAGGCAAUGUAUUUUGGGUUCCUCAAUUCGCGUUGAAAGGCGGUUUGAAAAGUGACCUCAGCCUUGUACAGUUAUUGGAAGCGAAACGAAAACGUCUGGUAAGAGAUCCUGCGGAGUUCGAUGAUUCUUGUAGUGACGGGACCAAUCUGAAAAGUCCCGGAAUAAUUUGGUGGGUGGAAACGCAGAUGCUGUUGGACCCCAGCAAACGAUGGAAGGACCAGGACUACAUCUCGAAGCAGGCCGCUUCUUUGCAAGAACUUGAAGAUGGGAUUCUAGAGUUGACCUCAGACGAACAUGCCAACACGUUGUAUAGAUUUGAUGAAUCGCCAAUCCUGCUAACGGACAACUUUGGCUCAUUAGAAGUCAUGCAUACCCACGAAGUUGCGAAGGAAGCAGAAGUUUUUGGCGGUCGACGAUGUUACAACGCUUUACGGAUAGCACAGCUCGCUGCGCUAGGGUAUCGUUUUGGAGUUUUGGCUGGUGCCUUGGCAGUAUCGACUGAGGCCUCUCGGAAAGCUUUUACGUUCGGAAGCGAUGGACACCCUCCCGGGGCGAGUCGCUGCGAUGGUUGCUUUUUCUUCGAGGGAAAGCAUGACGAAAUUGUUAAAAGCCUUCUGAAAGAGGAGAUCGGUAGACCCGUCAAGGCUUCCAUAGUUUGGGCAGAAGCAAUGGGGCAACGCAAUUAGAUUAUUGACUGUUUAUAAAUAAAUCUACGCCCGUGAGACAUACGA